AUGCCAACUAUAGGAAUUAAACGUGACCUACUCUUCAAGCGUUUGGGAAAAACAUAUACUGAUGAUGAAUUCCAGAACCUCUGUUUUGAAUUCGGACUUGAGUUGGAUGAAGUUACCACAGAAAAGCAAAUGAUAACUAAAGAACAGGGAGAGGAUUCUAGUUUAACAUCCACAGCUUCAGAAGACAUCAUCUAUAGAAUUGAUAUACCAGCCAAUCGCUAUGAUCUAUUAUGUUUGGAAGGUUUAGUUCAAGGACUGAAUGUAUUCAUGGGAAAGGCCCCCGCUCCUAAUUUUCGUGCGAUAAAACCGAUUGAGGGCGCCACAGAGAGGCUGAUCAUAAAGGCGGAUACGACAAGAAUUCGCCCGUACGCAGUCGCAGCUAUCCUCCGCAACGUGUCCUUCGACAAGGCCAGAUAUGAGAGCUUCAUCGACUUGCAGGACAAGUUGCACAUGAACAUAGCCCGCAAAAGAUCGCUAGUCGCGAUUGGUACGCACGACUACGACACCGUUCGUGGGCCGUUCUGUUACGAUGCCAAACCUCCCAAAGAUAUAAGGUUCGUUCCGUUGAAUCAGGAGAAGGAGUAUAACGCCGAGGAAUUGAUGGACUUGUAUUCGACUCACGUGCAAUUAAAACAAUAUUUGCCGAUAAUCAGAGAUAGCCCUGUUUAUCCUGUUAUUACUGAUAGUAACGGAGUAGUUUUGUCCCUUCCACCAGUGAUCAAUGGGAACCAUAGUAAAAUAACUCUCGACACCAAGAAUGUGUUCAUUGAAUGCACUGCAACAGAUUUGGCUAAGGCCAAAAUCGUUAUUGACACCUUGGUAUGUUUGUUCAGUGAAUAUGGCACAGAGAAGUAUACUGCUGAAUAUGUCGAAGUCUUAUACCCAGACGGAACGACUACAUUAUGUCCCGAAGUGGAAUAUAGGACAGAAAUUGUGUCAGUAAAGAAAAUCAACAAAAAAAUUGGAAUCAGUGAAUCCCCGGAAAAUAUCGUCAAGCUCCUAUCGAAAAUGUGUCUCAAGUCAGAGCUGACUAACAAUCCCGAUAACAUCAAGGUCACUAUACCGCCUACUAGACACGAUGUCAUACAUGCUUGCGAUAUUUACGAAGAUGUGGCAAUCGCGUAUGGAUACAAUAACAUAAAGAGAACGUUACCGAAAACUAUGACGAUCGGUCAACAGUUUUCCAUUAAUAAAUUGACCGAUUUGCUGAGGUAUCCCAUUGCGGAGGCUGGAUUCACAGAAGCUUUAACUUUUACUUUGUGUUCCAGGGACGAUGUAUCGACGAAAUUGGGCUUGGAGUCCAUCGAUAAGGUACCGGCAGUGCAUAUCUCCAAUCCGAAAACUUUGGAAUUUCAAGUUUGCCGUACCACCCUGUUGCCCGGUAUCUUGAAAACGAUCGCUGCCAACAAGAAAAUGCCUCUACCCUUGAAAAUAUUCGAAAUUGCCGACGUAGUUAUCAAAGAUCCAGAAGCUGAGGUCGGAGCUAGAAAUGAACGUAGGAUUUGUGCAGUUAACUGCAACAAAACAGCAGGUUUCGAAGUUGUUCACGGUCUUUUAGACAAAAUCAUGUUGCUUCUCGAGGUUCCGUGGUCUCGAAAGAAAGACUCUGUCGGUUACUUUUUGAGAGCCACAAAUGAUCCCUCCUAUUUCCCAGGAAGAUGUGCGGACAUAAUAUGUAAUGGGACACCUAUUGGUAAAAUAGGUGUUCUACAUCCGAAUGUUUCUACCAAAUUCGAGCUAACCAAUCCUUGUUCUGCUUUAGAAAUCAAUAUACAAUCUUUCGUUUGA